GCUCAUUGGACAGCACUAAUAAUCUGUCAAACGCGUGUUGAUCUUCACAAAAUGCGAAAUUAUUUCGUGUUUAUUCAAGUUCUAUAAAAAGAGUGAAAAAAAGUGCAUUAUUGUCCGUAAUAUUUAUAAAACGCGUGAGAUAUCGUUGUUGAACGUUUCCCGCGAUGGGUCCGCCAAAGAAAUACUCCAAAAAGGACCGCGCCGGCACCAGUGGCGGAGGUUCCACCACUGGUGGUUUCGUCGAGAACAGGUGGAACAAAAAGCGCCGACCGGAGGACGAGGCCUAUUCAACGUUCGCCAACGACGACGACGACAGUAACAUGGAUGCUGCGGGUGGGGAAUUCGUCCCAGAAGCCGCGUCCAAAAAUGCGGAGAAAAUCGACGAAGGUAUUCAGGAAGACGAGUACGGUGCCAAGGACUAUCGCUCGCAGAUGGAACUGAAGCCGGACAACGCUUCGCGUCCGCUCUGGGUGGCACCGAAUGGUCACAUUUUUCUGGAAUCGUUUUCUCCGGUUUACAAACAUGCCCAUGAUUUUUUGAUUGCUAUUUCCGAGCCAGUUUGCCGACCGGAACACAUUCACGAGUACAAGCUGACGGCCUACAGUCUGUACGCUGCGGUAUCCGUUGGUCUUCAAACGCACGACAUUAUUGAGUACCUGAAGCGCCUAAGCAAAACAACCGUUCCUGAGGGCAUUCAGGAGUUCAUACGACUGUGUACGCUCUCUUACGGAAAGGUUAAGCUUGUAUUGAAACACAACAAGUACUUUGUCGAAAGCCCUCAUCCCGAAGUUCUACAGAAACUUCUAAAGGAUCCGGUUAUUCAGUCGUGCCGUUUGAGACGCACCAAUGAAGAGGGCGACGGUUUUAUCACACAAACCAUAGAAAAGAAAGGUAUCACCGCGUUUGGAACAACCAAGGUCGGUCCAACAACGACUGUUCCGGCAGCAACUGAAGGAGACAAACCGGCUGAAGCUGAAACGGCUGUUGCCGUUCCGGAUGAUAUUACAAACUUCUACGAUAAAAUGGAUAACGAGGAGGAGGAAGAAGAAGCGAACCUUAAUACGGUUUCGUUUGAGGUCAAUCAAGAAAAGAUCGAGGUCCUGCAGAAGCGCUGCAUCGAAAUUGAGUUCCCUCUGCUGGCGGAGUAUGACUUCCGCAACGAUACAAUCAACGCAGACAUAAAUAUCGAUUUGAAGCCAGCGGCUGUGUUGCGUCCGUAUCAGGAGAAAAGUUUAAGGAAGAUGUUCGGGAAUGGUAGAGCCCGCUCGGGGGUUAUUGUCCUGCCUUGCGGUGCAGGUAAAUCGCUGGUCGGGGUAACGGCCUGUUGUACGGUUCGUAAACGUGCUUUGGUGCUUUGCAACAGUGGUGUCUCUGUCGAACAAUGGAAGCAACAGUUCAAGAUGUGGUCCACGGCUGACGACAGUAUGAUCUGCCGAUUCACUUCGGAAGCGAAGGAUAAGCCAAUGGGAUGCGGGAUCCUGGUCACAACGUACUCUAUGAUUACUCACACUCAGAAGCGAUCGUGGGAAGCGGAACAAACCAUGCGCUGGCUUCAGGAACAAGAAUGGGGCAUCAUGGUCCUGGAUGAAGUACAUACCAUUCCCGCUAAGAUGUUCCGAAGGGUGCUGACGAUCGUCCAGUCCCACUGCAAGCUUGGUUUGACAGCCACCUUGCUUCGUGAAGACGACAAAAUUGCUGAUCUGAAUUUUCUCAUCGGACCCAAACUUUACGAAGCUAACUGGUUGGAGCUCCAGAAGCGAGGCUACAUUGCCAGGGUGCAGUGUGCCGAAGUAUGGUGCCCCAUGGCCCCGGAGUUCUAUCGGGAAUAUCUCGUAACCAAGACUUCCAAGAAGAUGCUGCUGUAUGUCAUGAAUCCGGCCAAGUUUCGAGCUUGUCAGUAUCUCAUCCGUUACCACGAGAAGCGUGGUGAUAAAACCAUCGUAUUCAGCGACAAUGUGUUCGCCCUCAAGCACUACGCAAUCAAAAUGAACAAACCUUACAUCUAUGGACCCACCUCACAGAGUGAACGUAUUCAAAUCUUACAGAACUUCAAAUUCAACCCGAAAGUCAAUACCAUCUUUGUCAGUAAGGUCGCCGAUACCAGUUUCGAUUUGCCGGAAGCGAACGUGCUCAUUCAAAUUUCAUCGCACGGUGGUUCCCGUCGCCAGGAAGCGCAGCGUCUCGGUCGUAUUCUCCGUGCCAAGAAAGGAGCCAUCGCGGAGGAGUAUAACGCAUUCUUCUAUACGUUGGUCUCGCAGGAUACGCUGGAGAUGGGUUACUCCCGGAAGCGACAGCGGUUCUUGGUGAACCAAGGCUACAGCUACAAGGUGAUUACCCAUCUGGCCGGAAUGGACAGCGAUACGGACUUGUUCUACAAGACACGCGACGAGCAGGGACAGCUGCUGCAGCAGGUUCUCUCCGCGACAGACAUGGAUUGCGAAGACGAGAAGAUUCCCGGGGAAGGAUCGGGAGCCCCACGACCGGGAGGUUCUAAGCGUACCGGUGGACUUAGCUCGAUGUCCGGUGCGGACGAUGCUGUUUACAUGGAGUUCAGGAAGAAGAAAGAGCAUCUGCAUCCGCUGUUCAAGAAGUUUAGGGGAUAAUAUUUUUAUAUACUGUGAGGUGAUUUUGAUUCCUAAUGAUUAAUAAAGAUUCACGUUCAUAAAAUGAA